CAAUUGUAAAGUUUUACUCUCUAAAACCUGCCAGAUAAUUGAGAACUAGGAAACAGGCUUUAACUGAAUCGCCCUGUAGAUGUAUCGGUAUUUUCCCUAAACGAUACGCUGCAAAAAAUAUGCCAAAUAUUCCGCAUUUAUGCAAACCAUUACGUUAGACGCGAUUAUCAUUUCGCUUGUAGGUCAUCACUGUAUGCGUGUGGAGUACAUUUUAACCUUUGCUAUGUUUGCAACGCACGCCGCGAUCAUUAUAAGCUUGUACGCUCUUACAGACCCUUGUCUGGCCAAUCGUAAACACAUGUUGAGACCCACUUAUAAGCGAAACCUUGUAGGCAGCGAAUGCGGAAGACCCCUGGGCAAUGAAUACGUCAUCGAAACUGACCGCAUCGUAGCUGGCUACGACGUCGGGUACUACAGGUACCCAUGGUACGCGGCGCUGGUACGCUCGAACCAAGUAAACUGCGGCGGUGCUUUGAUUGGACCCCAAAUUGUCCUCACCGCAGCUCAUUGUUUCAAAGAGUACCUCCACUCUGCUAGUCAGGGAGGCAAAUUGGAGGACAUUUACACAGUCAGACUAGGAAUGUACAACAUUUGCGCCAGCGAAAAGGAGGUGACCGAAUACAGGGUCGUCAAAGUGGAAAUCCACGAACUUUAUCCCAAGAAGAAGCCGUACUACGACAUUUGCCUGUUGACAUUGGCAAACAGCACCGACUCAUACAGGCCUGUAUGCUUACCUAAUCUGAGCCUCAACUCCUCCAGUCGGCCGAAAGAGGGCACCGUCCCCGGAAUGGGGACGUUAAAAUAUCAAGGCGAGACACCCUGCACCUUACACGAGGCACGGCUGCUGACGUACGACGAUAGCAGUUGUAAAAAAAUGAUCAACUCGACGGGCAACAACCCUGACGCUAUGGUUAAUGCGUUUUGUGCCGGUUAUCUUCAAGGCGGGAUCGACACCUGUCAAGGAGACAGUGGGGGUCCGUUGCAAUAUAUCAACGAGAACGGAGAUUACGUAGUUAUAGGGAUAGUUUCGUUUGGUUUUCGCUGCGCGGAACCCGGAUAUCUCGGCCUGUACACGGACGUUUCACGUUACAUCGACUGGAUAGAAGAGAAGAGCGGAUUGAGUGCCAUCCAAUCGCCUUCGCCUUCAACACAAGCGCCUCAUCGCAAGCCAUACGUCCACUACGAUAAACCAUAUAGAAGUCCUUUGAGGAUUAUAAUUUUGAAGAAUCGUAAAUUUCACGAGAAAACAAAACUUGUAAAACAUGUACCAAUAAAGAGGACCGACCAUCAAUUAAUAUAACAACACCAGUUCCACUGUCUUCCAAUAAUUAAAGCAUUUUCUUCCCGCUAUUGGGUGUUUUCUCAUCGUACAUAGAA